AGCCUUUUAAAUGUAGUUUAGUAGGUAAUUACUUGUAGAUUGCUUGGUAUAUAUUGUUAUUUGCAACAUUGAAUUGGGUUAUAGAACGACAUUAAUACGACAUUUAAAAUGUCGCUAUAUAAAGGUUGAAAUAUUUUUACCAAUCAGAUUCAGUUUGUGUACAUCCAAAUAUCACUAACCAUCAACCACCAACAACCAACUACUAUCAACAACAAUAACAAUUACAACAAUGGGAGGUAGAAUACAUGGAUUCUUAGGAGGUGUACUCUUAACCUCAGCAUUUACAUACUAUACUGGAGAAUAUUUCCAAAAAAAUGCUACUUUCAUAUCUCAACAAUUAAAAACCAGUGAUAAUAUUAUAAAUCAUAGAAUCUUAACUGAUAGAGAUUUAGUAGCUGAAUCGAUUCCAAAAUCAUCUCAUAGUAAUAAGACCGAUCGUAUAAGUUUUGUGGAAACUUCAAAAGAUAUUUGGAAUGAUGAGAUUAUAACUAUGGUUAAUUGGGUAUAUUCUAUAAAUUGGUAUAGUUGGGGUCUUUCAUUAGAUAAAAAGGUUAAUACUUUGAUUGAUAGAGUUGUGACUGAAGCUAAAGAGAAGAAGUAAAGAUAGAGUAUUUAAUCAUUACUGUAUAUUAAUAACAUAUAUUAUUGCAU